CGUAUAUUCAAUGCAUUCCUUAUAGUGAGUGUUGGACGUAUAUAUUCACCGCUACAAUUAUGUUCAUAAGACUUAAAACGUAAAAAAAUUAUUUUGAUUAAAAGGGUGUUAUAAUCAACUUUAAACAUUAGAUAGAAGUGGUAUUGAAGAAGUAUUGAAUUUGAGUUUCUUUUAAUCUGACAAGACAUUAGUUUCCUAACUAACUGUUUGGCAUACUAGGUAAUAAGAAAUAAAAGAACAGACAAAACGGUUGCUGAAACUUCUCCCCCUAUGUUAGUAGGGAUGGAGAAAAUAUUGUUCUCGUCAACAUUUUUGAGUUUUGAGUGGAUCUGUUUUGGGUUCUCCCUGGACCCAAAAAAGUGGUUUCGAAGUGAUGUCGGUGUGUCUGUACCUAUGUGUGGAUGUGUACAGAGCUACAGACAACAUCUGUGGUCAGAUUUUGAUGACAUGCGAAAGCUUGUGCCGAGAAAGGUGGUUCAGCAUCAAGUCAUGCUAUAUUCGUCACUUGAAAUACUCUGUUCUCAAUUCCAAGCGGAAAGCUUACUACUUGGCCGACUACCUGGAUUUCCUGUUACCAUAUGUAGUGGAUAGAGUGAGAGUUUUCUUGCAAUCAAAAAAAUGCCACCCUGAUCAUUUACCUACUUAUUUGAAAGAAGUAUUGCCUCCAAAAGAAAGUUACCCAGACAUAUUUAGGACAGAAUUGUGUAAUGUCAUCAAAGAAGAAGAAGAAGAAGAAGUGGAUGUUGAAGGAGUGAGUGACUCGGAGUGGAUGGAAAUCACCCCAGAAGUUAUACAAGAACCAACAACAUCUAAUCACAAGUCAAAGAGAUCACCACCAAAAAAUGUCACCAAAACAGCCAAUCCUUCUAAAAAAGUAAAGACGGAAGAGAGCAAACCAAGAACCUACAAAGAUGACGACUUAAAAUUCUUUGAAAGCAUAUUACCUGACAUUGCACGCAUGUCAAACCAUCCAAAACUCAAGUUCAAACAAGAAGCCUUGAGUAUUAUUGAGGACAUUCUUUAUGCAGGGGUUGUCACAGAGGAAAAUAGUUAAUUUAAUUGAGUCGGCUUUGGUGUUCAAUAUUAUUAUUGAAAGCAGACUGGUUCUGUGGCUUUUUAGAGCAUUCAACAAUAAGCUACCUUUAUAAGUAGGGCCAACACGAUUCCAUUAGCAGAAAAUAGAAAAGUGAAGAGGAUUAAUAAAAUUUAAUAUAUCAUAUGUUCUAAGCUGAAAUGUACGCUGGUUGUAUUUAGUGCACAAGUGAUCAAUUAUGUUAAAAGUUAACAAAAUGUGGCUAUUGUUAAGUAUUAUUUUCAUAGGGGUUUAAAAUAAAUAUUAAUCAUAUUAAACUUGUAACUUGUAUGUAUGAUAACUUUUUUUGAGUUAAAUGUUAUUUGAUUAGUGUGUGUGUGUUUAUCGACUUUGUUUUGUAUCGACAUAUUUAAUAUGAGAUGCUGCCUUGUUCUACUUGUUUUUGAAUAUGUUUGUUUUGAAUUUCAAAAAUUUGGUUUCAAGCACAGUGCUAGUUAUUUUAAGGAAGAAAAAGAAAAUGCUUUAGCGAACAUGUGGUCAGUCUGAUCUCUUAGACUGCUGCUAAUCAGACUGCUAAAUAAAAAAUCUACUCUUUUAGCGAAUUUCCCUAUAGGGAAGUAACUAUUACUGUAGGUGGGUGGCAUGGUAAGACCUAGACCUGGGACUGAUUUAUUUUUUUCAGUUUGAUGUCCCUAAAGGUCAGAAACACUAUUUGUUCAAAUUUUUAUAUAUGUAUAAAUGAAUAAAUAAAUAUAUACAUUUAUACAAAUAGAUUUAUGUGUUUAUAUAUAUGUCCAUGAAUGUGAUAACUUGAGUAAUUUUCGUCCAAUUUUGAUGAAAUUUGGCUUGAAGAUGUAGAAGGGGUUAAUGGGGGGUUUUAAGGGUAAAAAUUGGUUUUUUCCAUUUUUUACCCUGAAAACAUAAAAUUUCUCAAUUUCUUUUUCAACCAUGUUGUAUGAAUAAUUUAGUACUGUAUAUUGAAGCGUUGUUGUAUGCUUAACGGUUAUGGAGAAAAAUCAAAUAAAAUGCAAAUUAAUAAUUCCCAUGUUAUUCUUAUGGAAAAUAAGUAAACUGUUGUAGUUUGCUUGUUUAUGGAUAUAUUUUCAUCAAACUUAUUUUUUACAUUAAGUGACCUCACACCGUAUCUGGCGUUCAGUUUAUUUUCUAUGUUAAACCUAGACCGCAAUCAAGUUCAUAUUGAUCUUUUUGUGCAGUGAAUCGUGACUAGCAGGUCCAGGUGUCAUUUACCCUAUCAUCUUCAAGAUAACCAUUUCCACCAACAAUAGUGGUCAGCCUAUUUGAUAUCCCCAAGAAAGAAGUAUGUUCCUUGUGUUAUUAGGAAAUGACUUGGCAUUUUGGCAGUAGAUGUAUGGUACAGGUCCUUGUCCAUCUUGAUCAGGCAAAAACUAGCUGUGUGAGGUAUAAAUCCAUCUAAAUUUGGAACUAAAUGAGUUAAUAAUGCUCUGUGAGACGGUUCAGGUUUGCUACAUAUUUACACUUACCCCCAGGGAUAAGCCAUAUGUUAUUCAUGUAAUUUUUCACUUCGAUAUGAGUAAAAGUGUGUACGAAACAGAAGAAAAUCUUGUUUAUAAUUCAUUAUUAUAAAGUUUUUUUAUAAUUAUAAACCAUUCCUUUAAAAAUCUACAAGAAGUAUAUUUGACUGAUCUGUAAAGUUAUCACUGUAAUGUAAUUAUUUGUUUAGAUAUGCAAUAAAUAUAGUACUUUUAUUUUGUAAACUUGUAUCAGUUAUUAAAGUCCCUAUU